AUGGCGGGCACACCCUGCGUGAUGUGCUUGUCGCCAGCUUCCAAGCAAUGCAGCGGCUGCCGAUCAUUCUGGUAUUGCACACGCGAGUGCCAACGAAAGCAUUGGGUGAACCACAAGCACGAAUGUGGGCAGGCGAAGCCUCCAGAGGCAAGUCCUGAGGACUUGGCAGAGCAAGAGCGGCAGUUCCACACCGUCUCCGAGAUCGUCCGAAGGAACGUUUGGGUGACCCGCUUUGGUGAGAAGAUGUACGAAGACCUGGAGGAUGCACGGAAGCUCACCGGUGUCAAGGAGAAGGUGGAGGACAGCGAAAAUGCCGGGAGAAACGAGGCAGCCCUGAACGCCCUCUUCAGUGCUGCGGAGACUGUGGGCCGUGGCAAGACCUUGGCCUACUUUGAGCAGAUGAAAGUGGCCACGGCCGAAAAGCAGGUGCAGGAGUCUUGA